AGCCUCGUUCGACACGGAGUCCUCGGCUGCUCUCCCAUCCAACCCACCGUUGCGGUCACUCUCCGCUCGCUCGAGGCGUUCCGACAAGCUCACCGCGUAUGUCCUCGCCUGAGCAUUCAUGCUCAGGCCAAGAUGCUAUGUCACCUCCAUCGGGUCCCCUAUCGUCCGUAUCUCGCUCGACAGUUCAGGGACGCCUAUGACGUGUACCUGGAAAUAACGCGGCGGAUCGAUCAGCGCGUUGGUGCCGCCCUCAACCAUGUCGGCCCGAAUUGGCGAAUGCUGAACUCAUGCCCGGCCUGCCAGUAUCGCCUUCGCAAUGAACCCCCCCUCACCUUCAGUAUGAUGUGUGCCAUGGACGGCAACAAUUCUCUGAAGCUCGUCGAUCCUAAGGUUCGCUCUGGUACCGAGCGCUUCGAUCCUCGCUGUGGUCAGUCCGACAUCUGGCUUAGCGAGACCUUUGUCGAUGGUUUCAAGGAUGAAGUCAAUGCCGCUCAGUCCGCCUCUCCCCCGCAAAUUGAUCCCGGCGAUCCGGACUCCGAGACAUCGGAUUUGCCUUCGGAUAGUGCGGGCGAACCCACGGAUGCUUGCAUUGACAGAUGGCGCAACGCGGCCCCUGAGUCUCGGAAGAAGAUGUUCGCUGUAUUCAAAAAGUCUGGCAUCUUCGUCUCGUUCUGCCGUCAUGGAUUCCUCCUUACCAUCUGCGACAUGGUACGGAGCGGGGAACUGAUGAAGUACCCGCUGGCAACCAUCAAAAAACUCCUUGACGUAUUCGGGGACGACGUGUGCUUCGGGUACGACAUCAAAUGCCGCUUUUUCGCCAUACUUCUCCGCAGCUCUCUAGGCCCCCAGGCAAUCGCACAACGGCUCCAUGGUGUAGUCCCCGCUUUUCACGGUCACGCACAUAACAGGUAUUGCCAACUUAAUCAUUUCUCGAAGUAUACUACUGGGACAGGCAAAGAAGACUUCGAAACUUCCGAGCGCGUCUUCUCGGAGUCAAAUGGAGUUGCCGCAUUGGUUCGUUUCACAACCGAGUUCCACCGCCAUCAAGACAUCGAUGAAUUCUUUCAUUUCUCGGAUUCCGAGAAGUACGCAAACCUCGCUAAAUUUGUCUACAACAACUAUGUCCAGGCCACUUCAAUUAUCAAGUCCCACCACUCUCGCAUGGCCGCGCUCUCGAUUUCACCUCCGAUGACUGCGGCGCAGUUCGACGCCGACCUCGUGGAGGAGCGGGAAUAUUUGAAGAGGGUCCAUGGGAAGCGGGAGGAAGAUAGUGCGGAGCUCGACUACGUUAACAUCGACAACAGCAUCAUUCACGAGGGCUUCACGCGCAAGGAGAUCAGCAACGUCAACCGCCAAUUCACCCUCGCCUACAACAAGCUGAACCUCCAGCUCCGUCACGUCGAAGAAAUGGAGCGCUCGUUGAGCAUUGAUCCUGACGCGCGAUGGGGUAGUGAUAACGCGCAGCGGGCACGCAUACAGAAGCGCAUCGCCAAUCGCCUCUUUUACAAAGCGGCUGAUGACGUGGAGCGCCUCGUGGCGAUGCGUCUGAUGGAAAUGACGAAGCUGCAGAUGAGCGGGUACAAAUUACGAACUCAGAUAUCCAAGGCCCUCCGUACACGGGCGACCGCUAUCCGCAAUGCUAUCGACAGGUACAACAAGUACGCUGCCGAGCUCGACCCUCCCGCUGAGCCGUUGGAUUGGGACAAAAUCGCUGAGUAUUCUUUUCUCAGUGAGUUUGAUGUUCUGCGGGAGACUGACGCCGACAUCCAUACGAAAUGGUGGGCAAAGCCGGUGGUUCGCCAGGCCGCGCUGCUGCAUUACGACUAUGUCCGUGCGCAAGAGGAGAUCACGCGUUGCCAUGUCGAGAUCAAACGUCUACUUACUAAAAUCCGCGACGAUGAGCUAGAUUACCCCGCGGCCAUCAAACGAUUGGCCGAAGCUAACUCACCAUUAACAGCUGAGCUCGAGAAACGAUGGGAGACAUUACACGGCGUCAAUGUCAUGCUGCUCGUCCGCAUUCAGCAGAUGCAAGCUCUGCCGGGGUAUUCAGGCCCCAUGGGUCCGGGU